AUGACAAGACGUUAUAUUUAUUUGGGGAUCUGCUGGCAUGAUCUUGAACCUUUCGUGUUCGAGCAUUCAAAGGGAUUGGUAAGACAUCGCAAGGAAGCCAAAACGAGUUGGAAUCUUGGAAUCUUGGAAUCUUGGAAUCUUUUGGAGGUCGCCGAUCAAAUCCAAGAUAUCGAGAUGUCAAGAUAUCUCUUCCUGCGACGCUGCAUUCCAAGAAAUCCUCGUUCAGGUGUCAAUAAAGAAUGGCGUACGUUCAACUGCGUAAAUGUAAAGACGCAACAUUCCCAAUGA